AUGUUGUCCAGGAAAAGUAAAGAUAAGUCUAUUAAAGAAGGUGUGGUAGGUAAAUACGUGAAAAAAGACACUCCGCCGGAAAUACCAACUGUAAACGUGUGGACCGCGGAGCAAAAUAAAAGCAAGCUUGCUAAAGCUAGGAGGAGCUCGCAACAGAUCGUUUCCAAUGCCGGUCAGCCACCGGGACUUCCCAUGACUGCUAACAGCAGCAAUAUUCAAAAUCUUCAAAAAUUUGGAAAUUCCAAGGUGUUGACGAAAGUAGGAGGGCUUGGCCAUGAAGGAAAGUAUACGCCUAGCAAUAAUAUUCCCAAUUUGGCUCACAAGUUUGGCAGCAUUAAUCCUAACAAUGAGCUGUCCACUGGACUUAACUUGAUGAACGGCAAUGCAAAACAACUUCCCAUGAUGUUGGUAAAAAACCCGACUACUACCAGGGGACUUUCGCUUCCGAUGAAUGAUGUAAGAAACAAUAAUAGCCACGGAAAUUACGUGGACAUCGAUACGAUCGAUCAGAUCCUUAUGCAGCAAAGCGAAGCAAACCUUUAUCGGCUGCAACAACAACAGCAACAGCAAAUGUUCCAACAACAAGAACACGAGCAAAAACAGUUGCAACAGCAACAACUUCAUCAUCAAGCACAGCAGCAACAACAAAUGGAGCUACAGGACCAACAACGUCAAGAGCAGCUGGAAAUGCAGCAUCAGGAGCAUCAGGAGCAGCAAGAACAGCUGCAACAUCUGGAUCAGCAGCAGCAAGAACAACAGGACCAUCAGGCUUUGAAUAGCCAGCGAUAUGCUUCCAAUUUUGAACGGAAGCUAUCAUACAACCAACAUCAUCCGAACAAUCACAGGAAUGGUUUUGAGAGCUAUGGGAAUUUAUUGCGUAAUGGAAGCCCCAUCGCAUCGUCCGUUUCAUCCGGAAACAGUUUAACAAACGAGCAGACCCUUUUUAUACGUCAUUAUUCAACCCGUCAAACAACGCAGCUGCAGCCUUCUUCACAACAGUCGAACAAUCAGCAACCCCAGAAUCAAUCGGAAUCAAUGCAGCAAGAUCAUCUGUAUCCAAUUUAUGAAAAUCAAUCCCAAUUGAUCGGUCGGCCCGAAUCGCCAAUUUAUAGUAACACGAACUCCGGUACUAUAUACCAGAAUUACAACAGUAACAGCUCGUCACACCAAUCGCUCUAUUCGAACGUAUGCGUUAGUGGACAACCGGCGGGAGAAUCUGGUGGCAGCAACAGUUCAGGACUUGCACAGUCACAAACAUUGCAGGCAUCGUCACUCCAAGCCCAAUCCCAACCUCUUUAUUCAAAUAUGAUAAUUGGCUCAAACAAACCCAAUAGUAUUACAUACGGGGAGGUGGUAUUACGAACUGCUCGGCUUGGCACAGCGAAUGCGACCAGUGGUGCAGUUCCGGGCCAACGAAGUAUUACACAGGGUUCCGCUGGUCAGCAACCCGAAGGAGAUAGCGGCGAAGAGGAACUAAUGCUGCCACCUGGUUGGUCCGUGGAUUACACGCUAAGGGGGAGAAAGUACUACAUUGAUCAUAACACGAAAACGACACAUUGGGCCCAUCCGCUCGAUAGAAAGGCUCUGCCCACAGGCUGGCAAAGAAUAGAAGCGGCACGGUAUGGAACAAUUUUUAACUAUUUCGGAAACCAAGAACUAACUCUGCCAUACCUGGCCUCAUGCCACCUAACGCAUGCACCAGCUGUGGAAAUUCCUCGACCGAUUGUAUCGCAUUUUCCUCGUCACAGCGCGUUGGUCCCGGCAAACCCAUACAACACGGAAAAGGUCCCAGAAUGGUUGUUUCUCUAUGCAAAGUCUUCGUCUGAGAAAGAUCAUAUCAUAAAAUGGGAUAUGUUUCAGCUACAGCAACUAGAAGAUUUCCUUGGCAUAAUGAAAAAGUUGUAUCGCCAAGAAUGCAACAUUAUUGUAGCAAAAUACGAAGUGAUCAGGAUACAGAUACACUCGCGAAUGCAAGAACUUCGGCGGAUGUAAUCGAACUGGAUGGAACCUCUGUAUCAGUGCUUUGAAAAAGAAAUGUGAUAUCAAACAGUUCCUUCAUCGAAGAUUUGCGUUAGCCUUGAGGCA